CAUGCAUUACACUCAUACAGCAUUCGGUUUUAAAAAAACUAUAUGAAUAAUUUCUUGAACAAUGUCUGCGAUCGGAAUAGAUCUUGGAACGACCAAUUCUUGUGUGGCUGUCUACAGGAAUGAACGGAUUGAAAUCAUAGCAAAUGACCAAGGGAGUCGCGUGACUCCGUCAUGGGUUUCAUUCACGGAUACAGAGCGAUUGAUUGGAGCAACAGCCAAGGAGGAAGCGUCGAUGAAUCACGAAAACACACUGUUCCAUAUCAAACGUUUAAUUGGAAGAAAAUUCAACGAUCCCUCCGUUCAACAUGAUAUGAAACAUUGGUCUUUUAAAGUAGUUGAUGUAGGAGGACAGCCAAAAAUACAGGUAACAUUCAAAGAAGAAACUAAGCUAUUUCGUCCGGAAGAAAUAAGUGCUAUGAUAUUGACUGAGCUAAAGGAAGUGGCUGAAGUAUACCUAGGAACACAAAUCAGCGACGCCGUGAUCACUGUACCUGCCUACUUUAACGACGCUCAGAGAACAGCCACAAGAGAUGCAGGAAGAAUUGCUGGCUUGAACGUUCUAAGAAUGAUAAAUGAACCGACUGCAGCCGCAAUUGCCUAUGGCUUAGAAGUAAAGAUUGAAAAGAAACGUAACGUGCUCAUUUUUGACCUUGGUGGAGGGACUUUUGACGUAACCAUCGUUACAAUUGAAAAUCAAGUAUUUGAUGUUAAAGCAACUGGCGGUGACACUCAUCUCGGAGGUGGUGAUUUCGAUAACAGAAUGCUUGAACAUUUCAUCAAGGAGUUCAACACUAAGCACAAAGUUGACAUUACAAAAAAUAACCGUGCUGUCAGCAGGUUGAAGUUUGCAUGUGAACCAGCAAAGAAAAAGCUUUCAGUGUCCACCCAUGCUACAGUACAAGUAGAUGGUCUAUACAACGGAUUGGAUUUUAAGAGCAAUAUUACUCGAGCAAAAUUUGAAGAACUGAACGCCGAUUUUUUUGAUGGUACAAUUUCCGUCGUAGAAAAUGUAAUUGCUGAUGCAAAGAUGAAGAAAGACGAGAUCGAUGAUAUUGUACUUGCUGGGGGAUCAACACGUAUUCCUAAAAUUAGAAGUCUUUUGACGGAUUUCUUUGACGGCAAAGAAAUUAGCAGAACUAUUAACCCAGAUGAAGCUGUUGCUUAUGGUGCAGCGGUGUUGGCUGAAAACAUCAGGACCGGUAAAGACAAAACGCAAGAGCGAUUCAAGCUCCAAGAUGUAAUACCAUUUUCGAUUGGAACAUGUGUUAGAGGAACAGACAUGUGCGUCAUUAUACCAAGAAACACUAAAAUACCAACGAAAGAGAUGAGUGUUUUUUCUACAUUCAGUGACAAUCAAACUUCCGCAAGAUUCGAGGUUUUCGAAGGUGAAAAUUCAAAAGUUAAAGACAAUCACCAACUUGGUUCAUUUUUGUUGACCGGAAUUUCACCUAAACCAGCCGGGGAAGCAAAUAUCUUGUCCGUGUUCGGAAUUGAUGGUUCCGGUGUGUUAAAGGUCGUUGCAUUAGACUUGGCAUCGGGAAAUGCAAAUGACAUCACUAUUACAAAUGAUGAAAGGAGACUGGCUGAAAAAGAAAUCGAUGAUAUGAUUGCUGCAGCUGAAACAAUGAAAGUGGGCGACAACACAGCCAAGGAAAAAUACAAUGCUAUAAACAAGUUAGAAGAAUUAGUCUACAAAGUCAAUCAACUUGUCGAGUCGGAUUCAGCAACUAUAUCUCCUCGGGAAAAGAAAGGCUUGUUGGCAAAGUCAAAAGAAGUGUUUGAUUUUGCCAAAUCCAAUGAGAGUGCCGAUAUCAAAAGUAUUCGUCAGAAAACCUCAGAACUGGAAGCCUAUUUCAACAAAGUUCGCGAAUACUCUGAAUAUUUAAAGUCACCUGAGGGAAUAUUGAAAAUACUGGCUGAUGAGAGCAAAACUGGCUAUAUUCCAGCAACUGAUUUUUCGUGAUUCGUUUCUUUCAUUUUUCUUCAAUUGAAUACAUCUAUGUAUGAAUUGUAAUAGUUAGAUGAGCUUCUGUAGGAUGCAAGAUAUAUUAAAAACAAAAACAAAAAUAAUGUUGUAAAUAUGUAAUAUUUGAUUUGAGUGAUUAUUUGGUUGUAAAAAUAAAGUUAUUAAUUACACUGAAAA